CAACAGCUGUUUGAAGUGGUUCCCAAAGCGGUUGGUUGGAUUGGGUUGUGGAAUUGUACUCCUAAAAAAGUCGGGUUAUCCAAUGUUCGCUUUCUCUUCAGUGAUAAUUUCAAAAAUGAAUACAAUAACAAAACUUUGUCGUAGACAUCAGAUCUUCCUUCAGAUUAAAAAUCGCUCUAAAACAGCAACAAUCCACCUCGAGAACAGUAAGCCUUUCAGCACUAGGGAACCCUCUUGGUGCAAGCCAUCUACUUCCAGAUCAAUACAGAUAACCAUAUCUAGGAAUUAUUCGAGCAAAGACAAACCUGAAAAGCCCAAUUGCAACAUUGGAACUAUUGGACAUGUUGAUCAUGGAAAAACAACCCUUACCGCUGCAAUCACAAAAGUUCUUUCGAAGAAGGGUCUGGCUGAUUACAUACCUUAUGAUCAAAUCGAUAGAGCUCCUGAGGAGAAAGCCAGAGGCAUCACCAUCAACGCUUGCCACAUUGGUUAUGCAACCGAUUCAAGAACUUACGCUCAUACCGACUGUCCUGGUCAUGCAGAUUACAUUAAGAACAUGAUCUCAGGCGCUACUCAAAUGGACGGGGCUAUAAUUGUAGUGGCUGCUACCGACGGACAAAUGCCCCAAACAAGAGAACAUCUUCUGCUAGCCAAGCAAGUUGGAAUACAAAAAAUCAUAGUCUAUAUAAACAAAGCUGAUUUGGUUGAUAAGGAAGUACUUGAAUUGGUGGAGAUUGAAAUGCGUGAAAUGCUCAGUGACUUUGGUUUCGAUGGAAUCAACAGUCCUGUUGUUUAUGGUUCGGCGCUGUUGGCAUUGCGCGAAGACCAAUCCGAGUACGGAGUACCCUCGAUAGAGAAACUUCUCUCGCACGUAGACAGUUUCAUUCCGACACCAACUAGGGAUUUUAAGUCGCCGUUUAUUCUUCCAAUAGAUAACGCCUUUACUGUAUCAGGAAGGGGUACUGUUGUUGUGGGCACUAUUAAAAGAGGCACAAUCUUGAAAAAUGAUGAAGCUGAUCUGCUGGGAUUCAAUCAAAAUAUCCGAACUACAGUCAGCGAUAUUCAGAUAUUCAAAAAGAGUGUGCAACAGGGUGUAGCAGGUGAAAAUGUUGGAGCGUUGCUUAGAGGAGUUAAGAUUUCUCGAGUAGAGCGGGGCAUGUUACUUUGCGCAUCUGGUUCCGAAGACAUUUCCAAUCAAUUCGAAGGAUCGAUGUAUUUGUUAUCCCGUGCAGAAGGUGGACGUUCAAGGCCGCUAAUGUCGAAAUAUAUUCAACAGCUUUUUAGUACAACAUGGAAUGUUCCAGCAAGAAUAGAUCUAUUUCCUUCUGAUGGAAUGAUCAUGCCUGGUGAACAUGGAAGAGUUUUAAUAACAUUAUUUAGGAAAAUGGUGAUGACCCCUGGACAAGCGUUUACGAUACGUGAAAAUGCUAUGACUGUCGCCACGGGUAUAAUAACAGAACGAAGACUAUCUAUUAAUCUGCCGAAGAAUAAGUUAUCAAAUGUUAUAAUUCAGGAAGAAGCUGUCUAGUCAAUUAAUAAAGAAAAAUGUGCAUAAUUAAGUGAA